CCGGCCAUGCUCUUCCACAGCCUGGCCGGCUCGGAGAUGCACGGCGUCAUCGACGAGAUGGACCGGCGAGCCAAGGGUGACGCGCCCGCCAUCAGCUCAGCCAUCGACCGGGGCGAGACCGAGACGCACGCCAUGCCGUCCAUCAGCAGCGAGCGGGCAGCCCUGUGCGCCGGCUGCGGGGGCAAGAUUUCGGACCGCUACUACCUCCUGGCGGUGGACAAGCAGUGGCACAUGCGCUGCCUCAAGUGCUGUGAGUGCAAGCUCAACCUGGAGUCGGAGCUCACCUGCUUCAGCAAAGACGGCAGCAUCUACUGCAAGGAGGACUACUACAGGAGGUUUUCCGUCCAGCGCUGCGCGCGCUGCCACUUAGGCAUCUCCGCCUCGGAGAUGGUGAUGCGCGCCCGGGACUUGGUCUACCACUUGAACUGCUUCACUUGUUCGACGUGCGCCAAGAUGCUGACGACGGGCGACCACUUCGGCAUGAAGGACAACCUGGUCUAUUGCCGGCUGCACUUCGAGGCCUUGCUCCAGGGAGAGUACCAGCUGCACUUCAACCACGCCGAGGGGGCAGCAGGCAAAGGCCCGGCGCUGGGCGCCUCUGCCCCCCUUGGACUGCCCUACUACAAUGGCGUGGGCACCGUACAGAAGGGACGGCCCCGGAAAAGGAAGAGCCCGGGACCCGGCGCCGACCUGGCCGCCUACAAUGCAGCUUUGAGCUGCAAUGAGAAUGACGGGGACCACCUGGACCGAGACCAGCAAUACCCCAGCAAUCAGAAAACGAAGCGCAUGAGGACAUCUUUCAAACAUCACCAGCUGCGGACAAUGAAGUCUUAUUUUGCUAUUAACCACAAUCCGGAUGCCAAGGACUUGAAACAGCUCGCUCAGAAAACAGGCUUGACCAAGAGAGUUCUUCAGGUCUGGUUUCAAAAUGCCCGAGCCAAAUUCCGACGGAACCUUUUACGUCAAGAGAACACAGGGGUGGACAAGACGUCUGACUCCACGCUCCAAGCCGGCACACCGUCAGGCCCUGCCUCUGAAAUCUCCAAUGCCUCCAUGAGCCCUUCCAGCACCCCCACCACCUUAACGGACUUGACUAACCCCAGUAUGCCAUCUGUCACUUCUGUCUUGACGUCAGUGCCGGGGAGCCUGGAAGUCCAUGAAUCCCGGAGCCCUUCACAGACGACUCUGACAAAUCUUUUCUGAUGACUCUUUCUCCAAAUAAUUUCUUUAAAAAAGGAAUUAUUCUUAGUUGAAUUCCAAGUGUAUUGUGAAUAGAGGCUUUUCACAGCUGGGCUAGCCACAGCAUAGGGUCUUUCCAGGAAGUCAAAAGGCCGCUUUGUUCUGGUCUGAGAAUCGUGACGGACUAAGGAAUAACUUGGAAGUGCUACCUGCCACACAACAUUUGUGUCAAUGUACAGUUUUGUGGACUGGGCAAGGGAAACAGCAAUUAAUUUAAGUUGGCUAAAGCUUCUGUAAUUUUCAAAGACUGCCAUGUGCCUUAUAUACUGGUAUCCCAUCCUUCGGAUCACAUGUCCCCCUCCCCACCCUUUCCCUCCUUUCUCCUUUCUGUAUAUUUAUGACCAGGGCAAAGAAAAAAAAAGAGAAAAUGUUAAUAAGAGUUUGUUACUUUGAAUUAGUCCUAAGCCCCUUCAUUGGUUGUUCUGAUGUUUUAGAAUUUAAAAAGU